AGCCGUACAAUGGUGGAAGUGCUCUAGCUCUGCAACGGAGCAUUUUCAGAGAAAACCCCACAUAUUUUCUGACCUUCGUCGCCUGUUGGGUAUAUGGUAUCGUUUCUGGGAGGAACAGACACCCGAAAAGUGAGAUUGCCAGUAACAGACAGACAGACAGACAGACACUGUAACCCUCGCUGCGCAUGCGCGCCGAGGGUUAUAAGGAUCUAGGAAUGAGGUAGGCAACGGGACUCCAGAGUUCUGACUGCCACCAGCCGGCAACAAAAUGGGUGUGGUCCGCCAGCAGAUAUAUCUUCAGACGACAGUAAUUCUGUCGGUGUUAGCCACGACCAACGGCAGAUAUCUAUCACUGAUGAGAAUGAAUUCAAUUAGAGAGUUGCAAAAUUACAGGAAUUUCCACCAGUUUAGUGAUUGAGGGAGAUAAAUAAAACGAAAUGAUGAUCAAAUGACAAUUUCUUUCAAGUGAUAUUCAUCUCUGAGUAACUUCACAGUCUGCUGGUAAUGCCUGGAAAAGAGAAACAAAUAAUAUUAGUGUCUGCUACAAAAACAUGAACUAACAAUUCAA